UAGGCGGGGCUGUAGGAGAGAUCUGUGAGAGCGGCCUUAGCAACGGCUUACGGGCGGUGAGCUACUGUUGGGCAGCUCGGCUGGCGGGUAAAGCUGGGAGGUCCCGGCCGGGGGCGCCGGUUGGAGACAUGGCAUCCAGACCAAGUUCAGACCAAUGGAAAAAAAGUGCAGCAAAAAUUGAAUUGAAUGAAACUCAAAAGCAAGAAAUUAAAGAGGCCUUUGAUUUAUUCGAUGUUGAUGGGUCUGGAACCAUAGAUGUGAAAGAACUGAAGAUUGCAAUGUGGGCCUUAGGAUUUGAGCCAAAGAAAGAAGAAAUUAAAAAGAUGAUAGCUGAAACUGACAAAGAAGGAAUUGGCACCAUUAAUUUUGAAGAAUUUUUUGCCAUAAUGAGUGUAAAAAUGAGUGAAAAGGAUGAAAAAGAAGAAAUAUUGAAGGCUUUCAAACUAUUUGAUGAUGAUGAUACAGGAAGUAUAUCACUGAACAAUAUCAAGAGGGUUGCUAAGGAGCUAGGGGAAAAUUUAACAGAUGAUGAACUUCAGGAAAUGCUUGAUGAGGCUGAUCAUGAUGGGGAUGGAGAAAUAAACAAGGAAGAAUUUUUGAAAAUGAUGCAAAAGACCACUCUUUAUUAACACUGUCUUUUGUGCCUUUUGGAAAGUUGUUAACAAGUUUGUAUUUGCUGUAACCAAGUAACAAUUACAACUAUCCGUACUAAAGAAUUGAUGCUUUUGAACUGUGGUGCUGGAGAAGACUCUUGAGAGUCCCUUGGAUUGCAAGGAGAUUCAACAAGUUCAUCCUAAAGGAAAUCAGUCCUGAAUAUUCAUUAGAAGGACUAAUGCUGAAGCUGAGACUUGAAUACUUUGGCCACCUGAUGCGAAGAACUGACUCACUUGAAAAGACUUUGAUGCUGGGAAAGAUUGAUGGCAGGAGGAGAAGGGGACGACAGAGGACAAGGUGGUUGGAUGGCAUCACCCAUUCAAUGGACGUGAAUUUGAGUGAACUCUGGGAGAUAGGGAGGCCUGGCGUGCUGCAGUCCAUGGGGUCACAAAGAGUCAGACACGACUGAGUGACUGAACUGAACUGAACUGAUACUAAAUAAAGAGAAGAUUAAUUAGACUUAUCACAUGAGAAUAUAGCCAUAUAGUAACACCAUUUAUUAGGAUGCUUCU